AUGUCGAAGAAAGGGCGCAGCAAGGGCGAGAAGCCCGAGAUGGAGCCGGACACCGUGCAGGCUGCGAAUGAGGAGCUGCGGGCCCGGCUGACCAGCCUCCAGGCUGAGAUCCAGCAGGAGAAGAGUAAGGUGAGCAAGCUGCGCGAGCGGCUGCAGGAGGCCCGGCUGGAGCGCGAGCAGGACCAGCGCCGGCACACCGCCUUCCUUUCUGAGCUGCGCGCCAAGCUGCAUGAGGACAAGACGCGCGAGCUGCAGGCGCUACGGGAGGCGCUGAUCCGACAGCAUGAGCAGGAGGCAGCGAGGGCUGCCAAGAUCAAGGAGGGUGAGCUGCAGCGGCUGCAGGCCACCUUGACCCUGCUGCGCGAUGGCGCGGCCGACAAGGUCAAGACUGCGCUGCUGGCCGAGGCGCGCGAGGAGGCGCGCAGGGCCUUCGACAGCGAGCGGCUCCGGCUGCAGCAGGAGAUCCUGGAGCUGAAGGCUGCACGGCGGCAGGCCGAGGAGGCGCUCAGCACCUGCGUGCAGGCCGACAAGGCCAAGGCGGCUGACCUGCGCGCUGCGUACCAGGCGCACCAGGACGAGGUGCAGCGCACGAAGCGUGAGAGUGAGCGGGACAUCCGCAGGCUGAUGGAGGAGAUUAAAGGGAAGGACCGAGUGAUCUUGGCCUUGGAGAAGGAACUGGGCGUGCAGACAGGCCAGGCCCAGAAGCUGCUGCUGCAGAAAGAGGCUCUGGAUGAGCAGCUGGUCCAGGUCAAGGAGGCUGAACGGCACCAUGGCAGCCCCAAGAAAGAGCUGCCGCCUGGCAUCGGAGAUAUGGCGGAGCUAAUGGGCAGCCAGGAUCAACAUAUGGAUGAGCGAGAUGUGAGGCGAUUUCAACUAAAAAUUGCUGAGCUGAAUUCAGUGAUACGGAAGCUGGAAGACAGAAAUACCCUCCUGGCAGAUGAGAGGAACGAGCUGUUGAAGCGCAAUCGUGAGACAGAAGUCCAGCUGAAGCCGCUCGUGGAAAAGAACAAACGGAUGAACAAGAAGAAUGAGGACCUACUGCAGAGCAUCCAGCGGAUGGAGGAGAAGAUCAAGAACCUCACUCGGGAGAAUGUGGAGAUGAAGGAGAAGCUGGCGUCCCGAGCCUCCCUGAAGCGGCACACAUCCUUGAGUGACCUCAGUCUGACGAGGGACGAGCAGGAGAUUGAGUUCCUUCGGCUGCAGGUGCUGGAGCAGCAGCGUGUCAUUGAUGACCUGUGUCUGGAGCGAGAACGGUUGCUGCGCUCCAGAAGACCACGUGGGAGGAGCCUGAAGCCGCCCAAGAAGCAUGUUGUGGAGACAUUUUUUGGAUUUGAUGAGGAGUCUGUGGACUCAGAAACGUUAUCAGAGACGUCCUACAACACGGACAGGACAGACAGGACACCAGCCACACCAGAAGAAGAUGUGGACGAGGCUACAACCAGGGAGGAGUCUGACCUGCGGUUCUGCCAGCUGACGAGGGAGUACCAGGCCCUACAGCGAGCCUACGCCUUGCUCCAGGAACAGGUGGGAGGGACAUUGGAUGCAGAGAGAGAGGCCCGGACCCGGGAACAACUUCAAGCUGACCUGCUAAGGUGCCAGGCCAAAAUCGAGGACUUGGAGAAGUUACUUGUGGAGAAGGGACAGGAUUCCAAGUGGGUUGAAGAAAAGCAGCUGCUCAUUAGAACAAACCAGGACUUGCUGGAAAAGAUCUACAGGCUGGAGGUGGAGGAGAGCCAUCUGAAGGAUGAGAUGCAGGACGCCAAGGACCAGAACGAGCUGCUCGAGUUCCGCGUGCUGGAGCUGGAAGAGAGAGAGCGGAGGUCUCCAGCCUUUAACCUCCGUAUCGCCGCCUUCCCUGAGGUCAGCGGCAGUGCCCUCCAGCUGUUCUGUCAUCAGGAAGGAGUGAAGGAUCUGAAUGUGUCUGAACUCAUGAAGAAGUUAGAUAUCCUUGGUGAUAACCGGAAUCUGAGAAAUGACGAGCAGGUGGCCAUCAUCCAGGCUGGGACAGUGCUGGCCCUGUGCGAGAAGUGGUUGAAGCAGAUGGAAGGCACAGAAGCUGCCCUGGCCCAGAGGAUGGUGGACCUGGAGAAGGAGAAGGACCUGUUCAGCCGACAGAAGGGCUACCUGGAAGAGGAGCUGGACUACAGGAAGGAAGCCCUGGACCAGGCUCAUUUGAAAAUUCAGGACCUGGAGGCCACACUGUACGAUGCGCUGCAGCAGGACCCAGGCUGCAGGGUGGGCGUGACGCUGAGCGAGGACCAGCGCGGGGACCUACAGGCCGCUGUGGAGAAGGUGCGCAGGCAGAUCCUGAGGGAGAGCCGAGAAUGUGACAGCCAGGUGCUGAGGGCACGCACGGAGCUGCUGCAGCAGGCCCAGCAGAGAGUCCGGGACCUAGAGGCCAAGCUGGAGGCUCAGAAGAGGCACCUGAAAGAGCUGGAGGAAAAGUUUUUGUUCCUGUUUUUGUUUUUCUCACUAGCAUUCAUUCUGUGGCCUUGA